GAGAAAGAGAGUAGAGAGAGAGAGAGAGAGAGAGAGAGAGAGAGAGAGAGAGAGAGUACUUUUUUCUUCAUUAGAUUAGAAGCGCUGCGGGAUGACGAUGACGUUGACGACGUGGGUGCUGAUCGCGACGUACAAAAAUGACGGUGUGGGUCGCGACGUAGAAAACGACGACACGGGAGAUGGCGAUGCGGGAGAUGGAGACGCGGAAGACGGUGACGCGGGAGAUGGCGACGCGGGAGAUGGAGCCGCAGGAGAUGACACCGCGGGAGAUGGCGACGAGGGAGAUGGCGACGAGGGAGAUGGAGAUGCGAGGGAGAUGGCGACGCGAGGGAUAUGGCGAAGGCAAGGAGGAUAUAGAUACUUAAAUGUUUGGCGACGCGAGGGAUAUGGCAAUGGCAAGAGUGGAUAGUGCGGGAGCGAGACUUCGCUUGUCCGCUGUACGGGUUGGCCACACCUGCAAUUGCCUGCGGCUACAGCGCUGUGGCGUGAAUGUGCCGAAUGGUGUUGGCGUCAUUCCAAAGGCGGAUGCAUUCGUGUGGGCCCCCAAAAAGAAAGGUGGGCGGAAAAGUUUCCGUCAGCAGGUGUAUAGUAGUUGUCGAUUGAGCACGAUCAGCCAGUUGGAACUAACCAGUCCUCCCGAAAUUACGGCCCGCCCUCCCGUAACGGUUACGGAAAGGGUGAUUUCGAGAUGGGACGGUCCGCGAAACAAAAAGGGCUCGCCUGA